GACACAGUCAAGCCCUUUCCACCCACCUGCCCCUCUCGAGACAGGUUCAAAGAAAGCGCUCCGGCUUAUUCGCGACCUAAUAACUUAUAGAGUUGUUGAUCUUCGCCUUGUGCUGUUGCACUCGACUAGUACCGAUGCUCCAGGGACGGAGCAUCAGUUACAGCAUCCGGGGAUGCUGUUGCCGCGGCGUGGUAUUGAGCUGCCCACAGGCUAGCCAGGGGUAUACAGGCAGGGUAGCUGCAGUAAUUGGACUGGUUGGGCUGUUUUGCAACCCGAGUCAUCGCAUGGACCCUUUUUGUAGCUUUGCUGGCCUCGGUGCGUCGGCUGCGUUGGUCGUAAACUCGACAAUUGUAUAUCAGGAACAUCUAUACCAUCUCAUCAUAAAAGAGGAUAGUGAUCCAUGUAAUCCAUAAUCGCAAUCGCAACAGGGUGCGUUGUCGGCAAGUACCAACGCAGAGCCGU